AACUGAUAAGAAGUCGGUAUAUAAGUAAGAACGCAGUAUUGAUAAACUGGAUAUAGUACAAAAAAGUCAUGUUUUCUCGCGUUAUAUUAUUUAUUUUACAGGCGCUUCUUGUAUUGACACACACAACAUCUGGGAGCCUUACGACAAUAAAUGGCACGCUCGUAGAAAUUGUAGAUAAUUGUACCCCUGGUGAUGAUUCGACAUGCCCAACCGGAAAAUGCUGUGUUAAAAAAGGUCUUGGAUAUCUUCCUGAAUACACUGGACCAAAACCAACAUACCAGAUUGCUUGCAAACCGUUCAGACAGCAAGGGGAGUUCUGUUAUCAUCGUAAUGUGAGCACAAUCUUGCACGAGGUCUGUCCAUGUGCCCCUACACUUAACUGUGAAUCACAUGGUAUCUUUGGUCAAUGUCACUGAAGUGCUCGGCUUAGCAUAAAAUAUUCAAUAAAGCUAAACGGACUCUUUGCAAAUAGA